UAUAUAGUUCGUUCCUCUACUCAGGGUCCAGGGAUAUACUGGAUAUAUAGUUCCUCUACUUAGGUCUAGGGGUAUACUGGAUAUAUAGUUCCUCUACUUAGGUCUAGGGAUAUACUGGAUAUAUUGUUCCUCUACUUAGGGUCCAGGGAUAUACUGGUUAUAUAGUUCAUUUACUCAGGGUCCAGGGAUAUACUGGAUGUAUAGUUCCUCUACUCAGGGUCCAGGGGUAUACUGGAUAUAUAGUUCCUCUACUUAGGUCUAGGGAUAUACUGGAUAUAUUGUUCCUCUACUUAGGGUCCAGGUAUAUACUGGAUAUAUAGUUCCUUUACUCAGGGAUAUACUGGAUAUAUAGUUCCUUUACUCAGGGUCCAGGGAUAUACUGGAUAUACAAUUCCUUUACUCAGGGUCUAGGGAUAUACUGAAUAUACAGUUCCUUUACUCAGGGAUAUACUGGAUAUACAGUUCCUUUACUCAGGUCUAGGGGUAUACUGGAUAUACAGUUCCUUUACUCAGGGAUAUACUGGAUAUACAGUUCCUUUACUCAGGGAUAUACUGGAUAUAUAGUUCCUCUACUCAAGGUCUAGGGGUAUACUGGAUAUAUAGUUCCUUUACUCAGGGUCCAGGGAUAGCAUGCUAAUGUCUCUAAAACUAACUCUAAUAUUGUUUAGAAUACACGGAGAUGACCCAAAGCUAGUUUUCUGUAACGGUAUUGUACUGCAUAAGAACCAGGUUCGAUCUAGUUUCGGAGAUUGGUUUAAUGGUAUCCUAGAGCUCUCACGAAACUUACAUCAGAUAGAAUUAGAUGUGUCAGCCUUCUCUUGUCUAGCAGCUCUCUCCCUAGUAUAUGAACGCCACGGUCUGACUGAACCAAAGAAAGCAGAAAAUCUAAAAGCCAAACUUAUCAACACGCUGCGAGACCACGUGACCUUCCACCCUGAAGCGCAAAGAAAGCCGCAAUAUUUGAGCAGAAUUCUAGAUCGUCUUCCGCAGCUCCGCUCCCUAAGUGUUCAGGCGCUACAGCGGAUAUUUUACCUGAAGCUAGAAGGUUUAGUUCCUGCUCCUCCUCAAAUAGAAAGAAUGUUUGCCUCCAGUAUUCCCUUCUAAUGAACCAAUGGUGUACCAAACUCAAGACUAAAUGUUCAAAGUUUCUUAAACAUGCUGGACAUAUCUCUGAAUCGCCAUAUUUACGAGUUUUCAUUAGAUGUCUAGAAAUGGAUUUAAUUAUUCGGCAUUGGAGGCAAAAACCGAUUAUAUCAGAUGAUUGCACUUUACCCAGUAUAUCUGUCCGUUGUCCGUUGUAGUAGAAAUUAGCCUCCAUUUUGCUUUAAAAAAAAGAAUUACAUGAUUUAAAAACUUUAACCUGGUGAUUCCAAAUCCUAAAAUGUACAGCGGCAUUGUGGCCGAAUAUGCGUGAACACGCAAACCAACCUAGUCAAAUCGGUGAUAUACAAACAAGCCGGGCUUUGAGCCUGAUUAGUGGGCAAUCAUGCGGGGUAGUCAGCCCGGUCAAUCAAGCCGGGUAGUCAGCCUGUUCAAUCAAGCCAGGUAGUCAGCCCGGUCAAUCAAGCCGGGAAGUCAGCUCGGUCAAUCAAGCCGGGCAGUUGGCUCUGUCAAAUAUUUUCCAAAGAAAUACAAAAAUCUAAUUAGAGAAAUGUCUGAGCUUACUUUACAAAUUAAAUCUAAAAUAUAAUUAAUGAAAAAAGUCAGCUGUAGCUCAAAUAGUUAAAUUUAAUUGUUAAAUAGAUUGUGUUCGUAAUUUCAUGUGACAGUUAUAAAUAAUAAAAGGGCAAUCAUGGGAUUGGGUUAUGUCGAUAUAAGGUUAUGUCGAUAUAAGAAUGUGGCAUAGGCUAACUUUUUUUUUUGAAAUUCCACGGGCAAAAUUCAAAGUCAUAAUUUAAUACCACUUGCGCAAACGGCGGAGUAACUAUGACAUUUAAAAUAAUAAUAACCGGGACAAAGCCCGGGCUCUCCAGGAACUUAAAAAUAGUUCAGUACUUUAUUUGAGAUUAAUCACUCAAUGUAUAUCAUUUGAAAACUAGGGAAUCACAUGGAAUUACGAAGACACUCCUCUUUAUGUAAAAAGAAAUUUGCAUAACUGCGCUGAGAUGGCUCAAAUUACUGAUUUUAUCAAAUUUCUAUAUUGUUACCCAGAUCCUAUUCUCUGUUUAGCAAACACAAAUUUCAUUUAGGUAUUUUACUUUAGUCGUAAUAUGUACUACAAACAAACUUUAAGGUUUUUUGAGAUAUAGUCAUAAAACGAAAUUUUCGUCUUAAUUUUUGUUUCUAAAAUAAUUUUGUCUAGCCUACAUAUUAGAACGAGCAAAAAAUUAUAAAUAAUUGACAACCAAAAGAUUUAGAAUUGAAAGUUUUUCUUUUUUACCUGAUAACCAUGUAGAUUGUACAAUAGCUUUAAUAAUACCCUACAGCAAACAAAAUUCAGAAAACGGCAAUUUUUUUACAGAGGAAAUCUUGUAACUUGAAAUAUAUGCUGAGAACCUAAAUAUUCUGUGCACUGAAACUCGUGAAGCACUCUCUACAUGUACAGCGUAACUGUACAGUAGUAAGGUUUACACUGUACACACUUAUCUUUAGUUUUUCUGAUAAUAAAUAUAAACAAUUAGA